GUGUAAAACUUCUGUUGCAUGGUCUUUGCUCCAACACCACAGUCAAAUCUUUGGAUUUGAAGGGAAAUAAUCUGCGAACCGGGGGAGCUGAGGCUUUGGGAAAACUUCUUCGGCGGAACAAAUCCAUCAGGAGCCUAAUCUUGGAAUGGAACAACCUUGGCAUGUGGGAGGAGGGCUUCUUCUUUUUCUGCCAAGGACUGGGAGCAAACAACUUUCUCCAGCGGCUGGAUCUGCGCAAUAACCAGAUCAACCAUCAAGGGGCCGGAGAACUGGCUGUGGCACUGAAACAAAAUACCAGCCUUCAGGAACUGGAUUUGCGUUGGAAUAAUAUUGGGCUUCUGGGCGGCCGAGCUUUGCUGAAUUGCCUGCACAGCAACAAAACCCUGAAGAGGCUGGAGCUGGCUGGGAACAACGUCCCUAGUGACAUCCUGAAAGCUGUGGAACAAGCCAUGGAUCACAACCAAGACCGUCAGACUAUCCUGAGCGAGACCCAGAACCGAGCGCACGUACUUAGCCAGGAGGUGUUGAGUCUGAAGGAUGAGAAGACCAAGCAGUUCUUGGAUUUGAUGGACACUAUAGACAAACAGAGAGAAGAAAUAGCCAGGAGUGGCAGGAUGUCUGCAGCACGAGUCAGCCAGCUGCAGGAAGCAUUGGAUGAGCAACUCUCUAUUAUGAAUUCACUGAAAGCCAAGCUGCAGAUGACUGAAGCUGCGUUGGCUCUGUCUGAGCAGAAGGUGCACAACUUGGGAGAGCUGCUGAGCGCCAUGAAACAGGAGCAGACCAGCAUGGCUCAGUGCCACUUUACGGAGCUGCAGCAGCAAAAGCAGGAGAGUGCUGAUCGGGAAGGCAAGCUUUUGCAUGAUUUGUCUGCUGCCAAUGAGAAAAAUGUGCUUCUAAGAAACCAGGUGGAUGAGUUGGAGAAGAAGUGCAGAGUUCAUCAGCUUUUCCAGGUAAAACAAGAUUUGACGAACACAACAGCAGAGCUGAAGCUGCGGGCCGUGCAGGCUGAGGAACGCCUGGAAACGGAGAAGAGAAGAUUUAAACAAAGCCUUGAAGACAUGGAAUCCCUUCGGGUAAAAGAGGUGGAUCAUUGGACACAGCGCAUGGAGGCCAGCGAACGUUCCAUGCAGGACAGGAUCCAGAGGCUGGAGGCCGUCAGGAUAGCUCUGGAGGAGGAUCUGAGCCAAGUCAAAGCAGCUGCACUCGCUGAGCGAGGCCAGGCGGAGGAGGAGUUAAUAAAAGCCCGGAAUCAGGCACGGUUUGAGGAGCAGCAACGACUAGAACACCUAGAAGAGAAGCUGCGGCUGAUGACAGAGUCACGGGAUGAAGCUCAGAACUGCUGCCUUAAGCAAAAACAAAUGGUUGCGGAGGCCCACGCCACAGCCAAUCAGCUGAGCCUACAUGCUGAUGGGCUCAGAAGGCGGCUGGAGGAGCUUCAGCAGGACUUGAACAUUAAAGAAGAGGAGAAAGUGAUGGAGGUGAAUAAAGUGAAGGUGGAGUUACAGGAGCAGAUUGGACGCCUGCAGGCUGAAUGCAUAGCACAGGAUGGGCUGAGAGAGAAGAUUGCUGUCUUGGAGAGACAGCUGAAAGCCCUGUCAAGUAAUCACCGCGAGGCACUGCUGGACAAAGAAGGUGAAAUCUCUGUGCUGCUGGAGAAGCUGAGAAGGAAGGAGGCUGACAUCUCCAGGAUGAGGGAAGAAGAGGCGCAGCGAGCAAGUUUCUUGCAGAAUGCCAUCAUGGCAUAUGUGCAGGGCUCCCCCUUGGGAACCAACAGUUCUAGGAAAUGAGAGUGUGGCUUAAAGAGCGCAGAUACCUGAUGUCUGGCGGAGGGUGAGCAACUCAGGUACAGCCCC